AUGGCAUUUAAAGUAUUAUUUGGUUUUAUAAAUUACAAGAUUUUAAAUGUUAACUAGCAUAAAGUUAAAAUUAUAUUUUAAUUGCAUGAAUAUAAAAAAUAUAAACUUAAAAUAUUGAUCAGUUAAAGUUAGUUAUUUAUUUAGAUAGUUGGUAAAAAAUAUACCAUAUAUAGUGAAUAAAGUGAGUAAAUUUAAAGUAAAUUUUAUUCUUAGUUCCAAUAGUCUUGUAGUUAAGUAUGGGGUAGUUAAAGUAAAAGUAGAAAAUAAAAUAUUUUCUAUGUCUUUCAAUUGGAGUAAGUAAACAAGUAUUUAUUAAUGUAUGUAAAUUGGUAAGUUGUGUUUAACUAGUGA